AUGGAACCUAACUAUUCGUGGGACAGGUACGAUGUGGUGCUGGAAGUUGGUGGCACUAAGUUCCGAACUUCUAAGAAAACUAUCAAAGGCGUAUUUGAUGGCGGGAGAUUUCGUGAAAAAGUCUCUAAGGAGUUCAAUCUCCUCUACAGCACGAUCUGCAUUGAUCGUGAUCCAAAGGUCUUUGGCUGCAUACUGAAUUAUUUGCGUGACGGAAAUGUAAUCGUUCCUCGUGAUGGAUGUAUUCUUGCGCAGAUAAAACAUGAAGCUAAGUUCUAUGGCAUUACCGACCUUGUGGAGAAAGUCGAUGCGAUUCUGAAAGAUUUUAAUUCGGGUUAUCUCCAGAUCUAG